GAUUCGGAAAUUCUUCGUCUUUGAUCAUCUCUUUUGUCUCUGCGCUAGAACUCAGCGAGUUCUUCACGAACUCAUCGUCGACCCUACCACGGGGAACUCCAUCGGAUUCUGCUUUUAGUAAACCCUAAUCUUCCAUGUUUCAUUAUCGAAUUUUCUUUUCGCUCUUGAUAUUUCGAAUGAGAUUCCUGUUUUUGGUUUCAAUUAUUUGUGAUCCGGAUUUAAUUCUUUGCUGCCCUUGUGUUUGAUCCUUUGUUUUUUUUUUUUUUUUUUUCUUUUUGUCUAAUCGUUUGAUUCCCUUGGUAAUUUCGUUUUCACUGUGGUGGCUCGAUGGAUUGGUUGGUUUGGGUUAGGGUUUGUUUUGGAUUUGGGGAUCUGAUUAUUUGAAUGUGAUUUGGGCCUUUUUGCUUUUAGUUUCUGAUUUUGUGUAAUUGUUCAUGAGGAUGGUAGUUAAACUGGAUUAUGAUCAAAAUUUAAGGUAUCAGAAUGAGAAUCUAUAUCGGCUAAUUUUCCUUAUGCAGCCUGAAAUUCAGACUUCGUUUUGGUUUCACUUAUAAUUUCGUAGCAUGGGUAGAGGCUUUGAACUUGGUUUCUUUCUUAUGAAAGUUUGUCAUUCUUAGGAUUUGGGUUGGUGGCAUAGCAUAUGUACACGAUUCUAUUUCCUCUUUUGCUUAUGUCUUCUUGAACUUUGAUGGGAAAGGGGGUUUAAGGAUUACUUGGAGGGAAAAUCAGAUGGUUGAUGUUAAUAUAGUCGCCUCCUUUUCUUUUUUAUCUUUUUGCGGACAAUUCUCAUCUGGAUUUUGUUGCUCUUGCAUAUCUUUCAUGGCUCUUUUUUUUUUUUGACUCUUUUUUCCCCCGUGUAAUGGGGAUGUCAAGGGGGGUUGCCUUUGGAAUCCGAAGGAUGUCGUUAAGAAUUUUCCUUUGAAGGAUAGUGAUAUUGUCUGUUUUCACAUAUGCUUAACUUUUUGGCGAGGGAAGUUGUUUUUUGUUUUGCACGUUUUCUUCUUCCACUGUUGCUGGUUUUGGGUUUGUUGUUUUUAACACUUCGUUGGCAGGGUUUGUAUUAGAAAUAAAAUUGACCAGGAUUUAUGUGUUUGUUUGAUUUGAAUUUUCAAAUUUAGCACUAGAUAUGUUUUUUUAAUCGACAUGCCAAUAGCUGUUGAAUACAUUUUUAUUUUGUAGUUGCCUUUUCCUUUCAAAAUUGAGAUCUUGUAUUUAUAACCAUCAAAUUUCUUUUACGCUGCAUAAAUGCAGGUCAAGGACUUGUACAGACCUUGGCGUCUUGGAGAAGUUGCUAAUAGUUUUAGUCAAGGGUGUAGUCCACCAAUUACUACUACAGUUACAGUUCUUUGCUUUCAAUUAGUAGACCUGUGAUUUCGCUUUAAUAAAGCCAGAGUAAUCAUUCUGUAGAUUUGAAUUGGUAGCACAAAUAGAGACUGAGAAGCCUCCUGUAGGAAAUAUAAAAAGAGCUGCUUCUCUUGUGAUUUACCUAGUGCUCAAGAUGGCUGGUGUGAAACGAAGAAUUCAUAAUGAUUCAGAUAUCCUUGCUUUGCAUAAAGAAUUGGAUGAAGUCUCCUGCCCUAUCUGCAUGGACCACCCACAUAAUGCUGUUCUUCUACUUUGCAGCUCUCACCACAAGGGUUGCAAACCUUAUAUAUGUGACACAAGCCAUAGGCAUUCAAAUUGCUUUGACCAAUUCAAAAAAUUAAGAGAAGAAACUAGGAAGAGUCCACGCUUAACAAGUCCUUUACCUAUAAAUCCAUAUAGCUUUAGUAGUCCUACAAACAACCUGGGUCUGAGCAUUGAUUUGAAUGAAGUUGAUGAUAAUCAAAAUAUAAAUGAAAGGAACACUGUUGCAUCUGCUGGUUUACCUGUUGUAGUUUUAGGGGAUAAUGGAACUGAAAAUUCUAAUAGAACUUUAGACUCAAAUGAGGCUGGAGAUCUGGAUACUGCUGGUUCUGGGUCUAAUACUGAAAGGGAUGAGCAGGAAGGUUUGGGUGCUGGGAACUCAUCCGAGUACUCAGAUUUGAAGUGCCCCAUGUGCCGAGGAGCUGUGCUAGGCUGGGAAGUUAUAGAAGAAGCAAGAGAAUAUCUUAAUCUAAAGAAACGAAGCUGCUCCCGUGAAACUUGCUCAUUCUCUGGCAACUACCAGGAACUACGCAGGCAUGCUAGAAGAGUUCACCCGACGACCCGGCCUUCAGUCAUAGACCCAUCUAGAGAACGGGCAUGGAGACGCUUGGAGCGACAGAGAGAAGUUGGUGAUGUUGUUAGUGCCAUCCGCUCAGCCAUGCCUGGUGCCCUUGUGGUUGGAGACUAUGUAAUUGAAAAUGGAGAUGGUGGUAUGGUGGCAGCUGAAAGAGACAGUGGCACAGGUGAUGUCAAUGGGCCAUUGCUGACUAGUUUCUUUCUGUUUCAUAUGUUUGGAUCGGUUGAUGGUGCUCGAGAGCCAAGGCCACGUUCAAGGUCUUGGGUGAGGCAUCGACGCUCUGGAGGAGGAACACCCGUACCAGAGCGCCGGUUCCUUUGGGGUGAAAACCUUUUGGGAUUACAAGAAGAUGCAGAUGAGGAUUUCCGCAUAUACAUCGGAAUGGGCGAUGAUGCAUCACCACCUACGAGAAGGAGACGCGUAACGAGGCCUGAAUCUGAUGCAGAUCAACCAUGAGAGAAUUGAUCUUCUGUGGCGGGCAUCCCAGCAAUGAACCAUCCAUCCAUCCCAUCUUGUUGGGUCGUCUGGAACAUCAAGAAAUUUGUGCUUCCAAAGUCUCCAAGGGAGGCGUUUAGUUGGCCAUCAUCUUGAUGCAAAAUACACCGCCCAGCAAUUGGCUCUCAACAAGAAGCAAGAAGCAGCCGGAUAAGAGUAUUAAGCGUCAUCUUUUGGAAGUUCUCAGAUGGAAUCACAAUCCUUUAUUUUAUUCGAAUUUAAGUUCUAAAUGAUUGCAUAAUGUCCUUUUCCAAUCUUUGUAUAUAAAUGGGAUAAUGAUUUCAUUUGAUCAAUCUAGUGUGAUUGUGGUUUUAUUUAUA